AUGGGGUCCGUGCUGGGUCGCAUCGACGUCGAGACGCCGCGAUUCACGGUGGAGGAGAAGACCGAUGCGUUUGAGAUUCGACGAUACCCUCCGCAGAUGGCGGCGGAAGUGACUUACGACGGCGACCACUUCCAGCGUGUUGGCUCCAGAAGCGGGUUCUUCGCCCUGGCAGGCUACAUUGGGCGUGUUGGCUCCAGGAGCGGGUUCUUUGCCUUGGCAGGCUACAUCGGUGUGCUGGGUCCAGCGGAUGACAGUUAA